AUGACACUUAAAAUCAAAGAAGAGAUUAAAAAGAAGUUUAAUGCUGUCUUUUUAGCUAUUUCUGAGUAUCCUCAAUGGGUUGCCAAUAUUGUUCCAGUUCCGCAGAAAGAUGGGAAGAUAAAGUAUAUAUUUGAAAAGUUUGUUGUCACCGGUAGAAUUGCUCGUUGGCAAAUGUUGUUGACCGAGUAUGAUAUCCAGUAUGUGACUCAAAAAUCUAUAAAAGGGAGUGUUCUAUCUGACUAUCUUGCUCACCAACCUGUGGAAGGUUAUGAACCGUUGAGGUUUGAGUUUCCUGAUAAAGAUAUCCUAUUUAUCAGAGACUAUAUUAUUCCAGGCCCCAAAGAAGGCCCCGAACCAGGAUCGCGAUGGACGCUCGUGUUCGAAGGUGCUUCUAAUUCUAGAGGUCAUGGGAUAGGCGCAAAUAUUACUUCUCCAACUAGCUUCCACCUCCCAUUUAUCGUUAGAUUAUGCUUUGACUGCACCAACAAUAUGGCAGAAUAUGAAGCAUGCAUCUAUGGUAUAAAGGUGACCAUUGAGUUAAGAAUCAAAAUUCUUGAAGUGUACAGAGAUUUCGCUAUGGUAAUCAGUCAGGUUAAGGGUGAUUGGGAGACUCAAGAUAGAAAAUUGAUUCCUUACAAAGAGCAUAUCAGAAAACGGAUUCCCUACUUUGAUCAAAUCUCUUUUCAUCAUAUCCAUAGGGAAGAAAGUCAGUUAGCAGACGCUCUAGCUAUGUUGGCAUCCAUGUUUAAGGUUAAAUGGAAGAAUGAAGCACCUGCCAUCUAUAUUCACCACCUGGAUGAACCAACACAUUGUCUAGAAAUUGAGUCAGAUUCCGAUGAUAAACCUUGGUUUAAUGACAUUAAGACAUAUAUGGAGAAACAACUAUAUCCCGAGGGCAUAUCCAUUACUGACAAGAAAGCUUUGAGAAAACUUUUCUCCAAGUUUUUCUUGAAUGGUGAUGUGCUAUAUAAGAGGAAUUAUGAUUUUGUGCUGCUCAAAUACGUUGAUAGACACGAAGCGAGCAUAAUCACAAAGUCCAUACAUGAAGGCUGCGAGGGUGUACAUGCAAAAGGGUCUCCCAUGGCCAAGAAGAUCCUUCGAGCUGGUUAUUACUGGACAACAAUAGAGGUUGGUUGUUACAACUUUGUCAGAAGAUGUCACAAGUUCCAGAUAUACGGUGACAAGAUUUUUGUACCACCAACUCCGUUGAAUGUUUUGACUUCUCCAUGGCCCUUCUCUUUGUGGGGUAUUUAUAUGAUUAGGAUGGCAUGGGCCGAGCAAGAAUUCCCUCCUUUGGAUUUAAGCCUUAAGUCAACCAAAUAA